UGGAAAUUUUUCUCUGGCAGAGUGUUGAUGAGAUGGGCAUAUCACCUUUUUGUGUUUUGGGGCAUUCACAAUCAAGGACUUCGGAAUGAGAUAUCAAUCUAUGUUGCAUGUUACGUAAAAAUGUCAAAGCAAUUUUAUUUCUUUAAAAAAGUGGUACAGGGUGAAUUGGAAGAUGAUAUACUUUUGACAUUAUGGGACCUUCUAGAGACCUGGACUUCUCAAAAUGACUGGAUGGCAAUCUUCUUUAUAAUUUUCCUCGUAAUUAUUUUUGAGAUCGUGCUCAUAAAGAUUUGUACAUCCUUUCAAAAGAAGCCUGCACUUCCAGAAAAAGAUCAUUCAGAUGCCCAGGAGAAAGAAGACAGCUGCCUGAAAAGCAUGAAACCUGAUAAUUGGUCGAUGCAUUCAUCUUCAGAAGAAAAAGCUGAUGACUUUUCAGAAAGAACAAUCGCUUCAUCACUUGCAUCUGAAGAGAAUGAAGGUAACUUUGAAGGCAGCGUUUCACCAGCAGAUGAAACAAUACAAGCAAGUACCAGUGAAAGUAAAUAUCAAGUAAGUCACUUUAGUGAAAGUCACAUGCCAUCUUCAAGUGGGACUAGCUCGUUUCUGUCACUGUUCCAUUCAGAAGUAAAGGAAGCUUUUCUAAGGCGUAGCGGGUAUCCUGAAGAUGAACAGGAAACAAUACAGCUUUCAUCAAAGAAAUUAUUUUCCAUAAUGAAAAACAACAAAAAUGAAAAUGUAAUGUUUUCUUCAGACUUCAACUUUUCAAGAACUUCUAGAAUCAUUAUAGAAAGUGAAGAUCUAGAUGUGGUUCCGUGUCCUUCUGCCCACUUACUUCUUUCUAGAGACCAAGUCAGACUUCUAGAAGAAAAUGUGAGAAACCAAAUUCCUCUAAAAUCCAGAGCUACAUUAGACAGUAAAGCUACCUGUGUGUACUCAAGAUCUCAAGAGCCCUUGAUUCAGAAUCAGCAGUCUGUUAGAGUGGACAUUUCUGCCCAAACACAAGAUUCUUUUCCAGGACAAAAGGCUGUUCAGGAUCAAGGUUUUUUUGAAGCCCAAUUUACUAGUCAAGCCCAACAAUUUGUUAACAACCAGGUAUCUAUGAACAGCCAGCCUGAUAUCGAGGCCAAAUACUUUGCUCUGCCUCAAGAUUUGAUGAGGAAACCACCUUCCAGCAGCACACAAGACUCCUUCCAGGCCCAAGAUAUGGACAGGAGCCAACAUUUGGUCAAAGUCCCAUAUCCUGUUGAGACUCAAGAUUCAAUCAAGGGCCUAGAGUCUGAUAAAAAACCCUUAGAUGAGGCCCAAUAUCCUAUCUGGUUUGAAGAUCCAAAUAAGAAUGAAUAUUCAAUCCAAGGGCAAAAUGCUAUUUUUAAGAAUGCCAGAUUUCUAGUUUUAACUCUAAGCCCAGAUUCAGUUGCUAAAGGGUUAACACAACAAAAGAGGGCAAAGACGAAGGGCCAGAAACAAACUGCUUCCUCAAAAGUAAACCAGUGUCCUGCAUACGGCUCAGUGCCUCCUUCACCUACCACGAACAGGCAGAAAAACAGAAGAAAAAUAUUACACAGUAAAAGUAAAUUUAGUCUCAAAGUUCCACCUCAAAGGUCAAAGAAAACACCACGGUCACGGGUACUUCAAAUCACAGUAGGUCACACUCCAGAACGUCGCAAGUUAAGACACAAGCGUGACACUCAGAAGAAAGAAUUUCAUCACAGAAAAGGUAAAGCAGGUACAGCCUUGCAUCUUAUUUAUGUUUUCAAGCUUGUUCUUCCUUAUAUUAGGAAGUAUUCCAGGAAAAAACUAGUGAAGUUCAUGCCAGGUUUAACAGGGUGUGGACAUUUUCUGCUGAAGCAAAAUAAGUCAGGAUAUGCAGAGAAGGUCAACAACACAGGGUCUCUUGAGAAAAGAGAAACCUCAAGCAGCCCUAAAAAUGGGCAGCAGCAUGGCAGAGACAGUACUGGACUAAAAAGCAUUUCACCUAAAAUUCCACCUCAGCUAGAACAGUCUUUCAGGGACGAUACUUAUCAACAAAAAGCAUCAUUAAUAGAAACAAACUGGAGGAAUAAAGGGUCUCUUAAAGACCCAAUUAUACAAGCAAAGGAAAUGGAUAUUGCAGAGUUUUGUGUCCCAGGCAGUGAAAAAACAUCUGACCCAAAUACUGCAAAGCAUGAGACACCUUUAGAAGAAGCUAUAUCAGAACAUUUGCAGAAAUUUGUUUUCUCUCCCAAAAUGGAGUUGGACAGAAAAACAAAAACAUGGGAGGACCUAAAAAGUGCAGAGAAUGCACAAUUUCCACUCUCAAGUGACGAGCAGUUACCAGCUAGUACCUCAGAAAUGCAAAGGAGCUCUCCAAAGGGAAAUGCACAAAGACAAAAAGAUUUUCUUGAAAUUGUUCUGGAGUCUUCAGACGUCAACUUGCUCAUUUCACUAAGAACCAGAAAGCAUAAAAGCAGUGAACAAUUAGCAGGUGUAAAAAUUCAAGAGAGUACAGAAGAUGUAAUUGAGAAGGAAAAGAAACCAUUAAUACUUAAAUUUACAGAAGACGGCGACCUGCGUGAAAGUGGUGACCUGGAAUGCACCCCUGGAAGCAACACAAAAAAUAUGCAAGAUCAAAGAAUAUCUGAUGCGUUUCACAAUGCUACUCACACCACCAUCUCUGAACCACCGCCCAUGGAGAUGCAGAGCAGAUUCAAACCCAAAACAGAUACAUCAAGAAUGAGACUUAGUCCUUCAGCGGCAAAGCAAGACAAAUUACCAGAUGACAAGAAACUGCGGAAUGCAAAAGUCAUUGUUGUGAGAUGUGUGUUUAAAAAGCCACAAGACCAUGACGGAGAGGAAGAGCAACAGGCCUCCCGAGAAGCAGUUCCACAGCUGCCAGGAGGUUUCAGGUUCAGCCUACAGCUAGAGCGGGAGGCCAAGGAUGUCAAAUUUGAAGCAGGGCAGAGCAGUUCACAAAGCAGAACAACUCAAAAUAAAGAGCGAGAGGCACAGUCACAAACUCUUUCCCCAGAAAUGAUUUUGGGGACUACUCCAUGCCCCACCAUGGACCCAUUUCAAGCUGAGAAGGUGAAGCAUAGCACAGACAGACCUCCCGGCAGGGAGACUGCUGAUCCAGUGUGUCCUCUUACUGCGUCAGAGAGCUUACCAGCUGGCGAAGUUUUAACUGAAACCACAGAAUGUGGCGUCCCAUUUGGUGGAAGCCCCAGAAAGACACCAGGCCAUCAGAUGGCAGAAGAAAAGGAAGACUUCAGAAGAGUUUUAUCUGAAGUUGCCCUGGCAUCUUGUAAUAUGCAUGUGCUUCCUUCAUCAUAUUUUAAAAGGCAGAAAAUCAGAAAAAAAUUAUCAGGGAUGAAAGGUGCACUCAGUCCCAAACGUGUAAUUAUACAAGUAAAGAAGCCACCAAUAUGUCAUCCAAGAAGACCAAGAGGUGAUUUUAAAAUCAUAAUUAAACAAAUACUGCAAGAUAAAACUGUGGCAGAUAAGCUUCUGAAUGUCAUUUACCUUCACACAUCUAUUUUGCCUCAUAUGAGAAUGUACAGCAGAUUAAAUGCAGAGAAUCCCAGUCAUACCCAGCUAAAACAAGAGAAAUCAGAAGUUGAAAGAGAAGAAACAUGUUCAGAUACCAUUAAUAAGGGAAGUGACUCUGGAAACACAAAGGAAGAUGCUAACUUGCAAGAUGAAGUGAGAAGGGAUAAAGAAGUGUCACUGGAAACAGCCCUUCAGGAUAGCUGGGGCCUCAGACCGGAUGCUUAUCCAGAGAAGGAGCUUAAAACAAAGAAGGAAAUGCAUCAACCAGUCACCUUUGCAGAAAUCAUGAUGGAGCCUAUUUAUUCCACCAUAACAGAUCCAUUUCACGCUGAGAAUGUGGAGAAAAGCCUACCAACACAAACAGAUUUAAGAUACAUUGCAGAUUCUGAGACGCCUCCUCCAGCAUCAGAAAACUCACCAACGGGAGACCCUUUAAACCAGACAGGAGGAAGAGAUGUCCCAGAUGAUGGCAAUGAUACAAGAGAAAGGGGUUACUUUUUUGCAGGAACAAGGUCAGCAUUACCCAAAGAUUUACCAGCAGUUUCCCCAGAGACUUUUAAUUGCCACAUGCCUGCUUUGUCUCAUUCUAAGGUGAAGAAAAAUGGAGUGAGAUUCUCGCAUAUAGAAUGUACAGUGAAGCCCAAGUCUGUACAUAUGAAGGCACUGAAGCCCUCAAUUUCAAAAAUAUGUAGUAUCACAGGUCAUAGAAGGAAGCUAGAAUCUGACUUUAAGGCCAAGUUUGAAAAGAUCAACCAAGCUAACGGACUGGUAUAUGAAUUUCUAAAUACCCUUUACUCACCUGUGCGUAGCGGGUUACAAGGAGAAACAAACAGCUUCUGUCAUGCUCAGGUGAAUUUCCAGGAACUGGCACAUGAAGGGAGACCACAGUACGUUGAUUUCUUUCUUAAGAGUCACACCUUCCAUGACAGAGGAGAAAAAGUGGAAGAUGGAGAGGAAGAAGAGCAAAAAUGUUUGCUAAUAACAGCUCCACAGCAUACCCAGCACCUCUGGCUCCAUGCACAUCAGGGGAAGAAGACCCAUCUUGCCGAACCAGACCCAACACUGGACUGUUUAGCCCAGAAGCUGCCCAUUAAUGAGCAAGAUAUGCAGCAUCAAACAUGCUUUACACGAACUGCUUUGCAGACUGACCUCCAGAUGAGUUCUAGAGAAACCAAGGGACUCCAGAAGACCAACAAACCAGAAGAUGAGAAAACAGCCCCUACGGGUCCGGCGAGUCUGCCUCCCGAGACAGGAAAGUCAUCAGUUGAUAAACCUUUGAACACUGCAACAGAGUGUGACUUGCCAUCUGGUGGAAACCCUAAAAGGGAACUAGAUUCUUAUUUUGUGGAAAAAAAUUCAGAGUUACCAGAAAAUUUGCAAGUGACAUUCCUGCAGUCUUCUGAUUCUGUUGAACACUUUGUUUCUAAAUCUAAAAGAAAGAACACAUUGAAAUUAGCAAGGAAGCCAAAAACAGUGAGUCGUAGAUAUAGAACUAUGAGGGAAGAAAAGCCAUCAAUUUUGCAUAUGCUUAACAGCAGGCAGAACAAGAAACUGCAAUACAGUCUUAAAACAAAGAUGAAAAAUCCACAGCAAAAUAAAAAUAUAGCAGGUGCGUUUUUGGAGUUCAUUCACUUCAAGGUGCCUAUUUUGCCCAACAUCAAAACGAGUAUCAGAUUAAAUAUGGAGACAGAUAUGCAAAGGGUAACAAGACUUAGUCAGAUACAGCUAACACAAGAGAAAUCCCCAAAUGGAAGAGAAGUAUGUUGCCCAGAUUCUGUUGAUGUGAGUGGUUUAUCUAAUAGUGUGAAAGAUGGGAAGGAGGAAGCAGGGGAACACAAAGAUUUCCCAGCCCCAGGGAAUAGCCAAGGCUUUGUAUUCAAUAUAUAUCAGGAGAGGGACCAUGACCUUGUCAAGUCGGAUGAGGAACUGAAACAACCAGGAAGUGUAAGUGUUCAGGGACCACCACAAACGCACUUUGCACAGACUAUUUUGAGUUCUACUUCAGGCCCUACGCUGGGUCAAUUUCAAUUUGGAAAGCUAGGGAGUUCUACCAGGUUUUCACCUCCCAAGUCAGGAGAAGCAAAGACUGAUGAAAGAAUGUUCUCUGCAAGGGAAUGUGGUGUCCCAUCUGAUGCAAACCAUCAAAAGGAACAAGCAGGUGGAAUUGAAAAGAAACAGACAGCAGCUUUAGAUUUCUGGGUGGCUGCUGUACCUGUAUCCAAAAGCAAGAGAAACUUCAAACAGUCUUCACGUGUGAAAACCCUAGUGAAUCCCAAAUGUGAAAUAUUUAAAGCAAAGAAACCAUCCAUUUCAUACAUGUUCAAUAUCAAGGGUGGGGAGAGCCCAAACCGUAGAAAAGCACUGGGAUGUAACUUGACAACCAAAAUGAAGGAGGUGGAUCAAAAAACGGCAGGUAACAUGUACUCCCUCAUGACCAUUAUACCUGACGUUAACAGGCAUCGCAAGAGAGAAAGAGAAAAAGACAUGUUAGGAGAGAAAAGACUCGGUUCCAAACAAGUAAAGCAAGAGACAGCACCACAAGAAGGGACUCUGACUCUAGAUGACACCGAAGAAACCAAUUUUCACGAUGAAGAGGAAGAAGAAAGUGAACAAGAGAUGUUCCUAAAAGUACUUCCACAGCACAGCCAACAUUUCGUAUUCUGCUCAGGCCACAGGAAGGAGCUUAACCUUCACAAACCAGAAAGUAAGGGAAGUGGGAAAAUUCUGUUUUGUACAGAACAAGACCUCGCACCGCAAGUGCCACCUACAGAUCCGGCGCAGGUAGAGGAGCCAAAGAGAAGUCACCAGACGCAAAGUGGUGCCCUGUGUACAGUGGACUCAAACCUUCCUCUUCUCAAGUCAAAGGAACCACUCGUUGGUCAAGUUUUAAUUGAUACGGUGAAAUGUGGUCUCCCAAGUGACGGGAGCCACGGCAGGGACCUGCACAACCAGGUUAAAGAGGAGAAGGCAGAGUCCCACAGAGCUUUGCAAGCAGCUGUGCUGGAGUCUUUGGAUAUCUUCACACCCACUGCACCUGAAUCUAAGAGGCAGAGAAAGACGUUUCCACGUAGAGCCUUAAAAAGUAAAAUGCAUCCCAGAUGUGUUACUAUGAAGGCAAGGAAGGUGCCAAUUUCACAGGUAUUUAAUAUCCCACGGAAUGGUGGUCUAAAAACCCUACAUCCAACAACCCUGAAAUCACAGAUUAUUGACCUUUUAAUUCACAUAAAAUACUCUGGGAUCCUGGAAGACCUCACCGCAGAGGAAAAGGAAGGACUAGCCCAAGAAUUACCAGCAACAACUCUGGAGUUUUUGGAUAUAUCCACACUUGUUUCAGCUGUGUCGAAAAGAAAGCAAAACAACGUAAAACUUACAGGCAAGAGAAAUAAAAUGAGUCCCAAACGUGUCACUUUGAAGGCAAAGAAGGCACCGAUUUCCCAGACCUUUAACUCCAGCAAAGGGGGUGCCCCGAGCCACAGGAGGCAAUGGGAAUGCAACUUCAAAACCAUGAGAAGACAGGGUCAGUCUGUGGCAGAUGUCAUCCUCAGUGCCAUUUCCUCCUCCAUGCCUGUUUCACUUGACGUGGGAGUGCAUAAUAGAAUAAAAAUAGAGACGGGGAGGCCAUGGAAGAGGAAAUUCAGUCAUGAGCUGCAACAGCGAGGGCAGUCACCAGGUGGAGAGGAAGCCUGGGGGGCCCAUUCCAGGGAGAAGAGGGGCUGGGCUGCAAAGGUCGGGGAGGAAGUCAAAGACUAUGGCGGAGAAGCAGCCCCACGGAAUUCUCAACACUUCACUGUUCAUGCUUAUAAAAAGGAGGAGCCUCGCUUUGUGAAAUCAGACCUAGAACGGAAGAAUUCAGCAAGGAAAAUAACCCCAGAGUCACUUACCAUAGCUCAGGAGCUGCAGCAACACGCGCGUUUCAUGCAAAAUGUGUCGCAUUCUGUUUCCUGCUCUGUUUUGAAUUCACUGCCAUUUCAGAAGCUACCAAAAAGAACAAAAACCCAGAGAGGCUUAAAAGAUACAGGGAGUCCAAAGAUUUCAUCCCCAGUGACAGAGAAAUCACUUAGUGAAUCUUUAAUUGUUAUAGCACAGAGUGGCUUCCCAUCUGGAAGAGGCCCUCGGAAGGAACUUGCUAGUUCUGUGCAAGAGGGAAAGAUGAGGUUACAGAUGGGCUCACAAGUGAGAAGCCUACAGUCUUUUGGUCGCUCCCGGCCAGCUUCAUCUAAAAUCAAAGGGUGGAGAAACGCAGCACAAAUCCCUGAGUCUGGGACUGAGAAAGCACAGAUGGCAUCGGUUUUAAAGACAGUUAACAUCACUAGGUCUGGUGCCCUGAGCCAUGGAAAGGAACAGGUCCACACCUUGGAUGACGUGGCCAAAGAAAUACCUCAAAGGAUGUCCGAUACAUUUAUGAAUGCCUUGUUUUCACUUACACCUGUUUCACCUGCCAUCAAAACACAUGAAAAGCUGAAAGCAGAGAAAGGCCCAGUAAGGGAAGAAAGCACGUUUUUACAGCUAAAGCAAGAGGAAGGGAAAAGACUGUGUAAAUAUUCCUCUAAUAAAUGGAGCACCUCAAGCAACACACCAGAAUCAAGAUGGCAGCAGGACAAAGAAAAAGAGGGCAACGAAGUUUUAUUCGAAGCAGGUCUUCGAUUCCUGAAUAGGACAGGAAGUAGAAAAGAUCAAAUUAUGCUUAUCACAGAGCAAGAUGGGCAGCAAAAAAUACUGGCUUCAGAAAAUAUAUUGGAGUCUCUCUGUUCUCCCCUGAUAAUUCCAUUUCCAACUGAGAAGCUGACGAAGACUGUCCCACCACAAAAAGACAUACUCCAUAGACUGAGUGAGAAGGCUGCAUGUCGGAAAAGCAGGCGAGCAAGAUUUGAUGGUCUUUUCACUGGGGAGGCAGAGUAUUGUAGUCCAUCUGCUGGGAGCCCCACAAGGAAGCCAGAUGUUUCCAGUGCAGUUUCCCUACCGUGUGAAGGAGAAGAGGGAGACAUAAAAACUCAAAAAGGAAUAAAAUACACAGCUGAUCAAAACAUCCCACCUCCCAAGUCGGGAAUGUCAGUGCUUGGAGAUCCAUGUGAUAAAAGUGCCAGAAGGAAAGCGGGUGGUCGUGUUGCCAAGAAACACAAAGAGUUGCAAGGAGAUUUGCUAAUAAUAUCCAUGAUGUCUGUCUUAGCUGAGUCUAAAAGGCAUAAAAGGGAAUUAAAAUAUCUGGAAAGGAAAGAUCUUUUGGGUCCCAGAUGUGUAACCAUGAAGGCAACGAAACCUCUUUGUUCACAGGUGCUUAAUAUCACGGAGCACGGAAACCAUAGAAAGAAAAGGCACAGAUUUAAGUACAAGACAAAUGAGAGGCAAUGGAACGGGAGAGUGAGACAGACAUUAUUUCAUGCCACGGAGGGAGCUAACAUUUCACCAUCCAAGCUAGUGAUUGAUAAGCUCUCAUUCAAUACAACAGUAAGGGAUACUAUGUUUAACAACAGAACACCUCACAGAAAUCUGAAUGGUCAUAUCACAGAGGAAAAGGCAGAGUUGGAGAAAAAGGAGAUGAGAUUUAACAUCGAGAAACAGAAGAAGGAGUUCCAGCAAGGCAGAGCCGAGGCAGAGUUAGUUCUGAAUACUCUCUGUGACUCUGGAUCUGUUCCAUCGCAAAUGAAAGAGUUUAUGGAAGUAAGAAGGGAGAAAGGCAGGCCGCAAAAGUUGAUACACAUGCCUCCGCAGCUGAAGCUGGAGAAAUCACCAAACAGAAGACAAACACAGUCCCUUGUUAAGAGUGCUACGUCAAGAAAUAUUAAAACCCUGAAACAGUACAUUAGAGAGCAAGAGGAAAACUACCGAACUGCUUUACUGGACCUUCCCCCACAACGUAGGUACCAGCUGGUGAUUAGCCAGCAGGUGAAGAAGGAGCCCGACUGUGUCAAGUUCACAGUCAAUUUGAAAAGAGACGUAUACCGCCAUCUCCCUUCACAGAAGAGGGAACUCAGUUGCACUGCGUUUGACAUCUCAAGAAUUAGACCACAUACAAAGCAUGAACUCCUCAUUGAACGGAGAGUAAAGGAAGGUGACGCAGAUGUGGUCCGACGUUCAGCUUCAGCUCCAGUAGGGAGAGAAGUAUCAGAGAAAAUGGACAUCUCCUUAAGUCCAAAAGGACACGUUUUGUUUCUUACGGAGUUGGCUGCUUCUCCACAGAAGACACACAAGGAGCAAGAACGGCAGGAACGAGGAAGUAUUUCGGUGACGCAUCUGGAACCUGUCGCCUACCCCACUGUGGAAACUCCUCAUUCAGAAAACACAGGAAACGUUGCUGAGGAAGAUGCGUACCUUGACAGAAGACAUGCUUCACAUCUAUUUGGAAGAGAAGGAGUAAAAGAAACUGCUAUCUUACAAGGUUCAAAAAGAUAUACAUUUCUUUGUACACAUGCAGAGGUCCGGCAAAAUAUGUCUGCAGUGCAGAAAGGAGAGAUGAAACCAGACUGCAUUUCUGCAAGCAUCCUGGAUUCUGUAUCUUGCCCCGGUGGGGAACCUCUUCAGGUAAAAGAGGCAGCCAAUGCAACAGGGAAAGAACAUGUUAGCAUCCCUGUAGAUUUGACUGUAAAUCCAUGGAGAAAAGAGAAAUCAGAGGGAACUGAUAUUCUAUUAGAAUCAAAUGGACAGAAAAACAACUUUUCCAAAACACAGAAGGCAGAGCAACAAAACAGUUCUAAACAAAGUAAAGAAAAUAUUCUGGAGUCGAUGUCUUCUUGCAUCGUGCAUCAGCUCCACACUGAAAAGCUAAAGAAAGAAGUCUCAGCCAAAGGACUGAGUCCAACAGUUUUGAGCCCAAUGGUAGAGAAAGCAUCAAACAAAGCAUAUUUUCCAGUGGCUCCAACUCCAGGCUCGGCAGGAACCGAUCUGCAUACCAGAGGAAGAAAAGAACAUCGACAAGAAAGUACACGCAAGGCUCUUCCACCAUCUGCUUCUCAUUCUUUGAUGGAUAGACUCCAGGUUAAAUUGCCAAGGGUAAAGAAAGCAUUAAAGGAGGCAGAGAGUGCAAAGUACCACGCUUCAGAUACAGAAGGAAUUGGCUUGCUUUUUUCAGGAAGAGAAGAAAAGCAACCAGAAUAUAUACAACAUAUUCGCCCAAAUCUUGCUUCUCCCUCUUUGAGAGAUAUAUUUCAAAGUAAGAUGCCGUGUAAAAAGAAAGCUUCGGAAGAAGUAGCUAGCACUAUGCAUGACACCCCAAGUGCAGAAGGAGCUGGUUUGCUAAUUACAGGAAAGGGAGAACAGCAACAAAAACAUACAAACGAGGCUCUUCUAAAGCCUGCGUCUCACUCGCCAGCAGGUCGACUGCACAUUAGCACCUCACUGCAGCGAGUAAAACUGGAUGACACCAAUAUGAUGCAUGGUGAACAUUCAACUCCACAGGCUAAGGAAGCAUUAAAAGGAAUGGAUGUUACUGUUGGAUAUACCCAAACAAGUGAAAAGAGACACUUACCCAGUGCAGAACAAACACAGCAGCACCUGUUGGUUCCCUCUCAGAAUUUUCUGAUGCAUAGGUCCUACCCUCAGAAUGAUCCCUGGUUCCUGCCACAGUUAGUGCCUCCGGCCAAGGAAGCAUUAUCAGAAGCAGGUAACGUGUUGAGCAGGACAAAAGGAUCAGACGUGAUUUCUAAAGCUCAUCUGAACACUGGAAGUGAGUAUGGCCUGGAAUGGGCUGGGCCCUUGAGUCCUCCAAGGCAAACAAAAAGACAAAAUACAAUGCUGCCUUCAGAAUCAUUCAGUGAAAAUAUAAAAUAUCAGGAUGUCUCAUUUCCAAAAGGAAAGAAAGCAUCAGACGGGGCACAGGUAAUUGAUUCAGUAUCACAUGGUAGCUCCAAGCGAAGAGAGAAGGCACAAUUAUGCAAAGCAUAUCAAAAAAAGGCACAAAAAGAGGUGUGCCUGCCUGGAUUGUUUUUACAUUCUUUUUCUGUCCAUUUGCCUCUUUUGCCUGAAAGUAAAAGAAAGAAGAGUGACGUAAAACAAGGACUUAAGAAAGACGUAAUAUGCCCCGAAAGAACUUUGAUGUUUAAGAAAUCAGUCUCUUCAGAUACGUUUAAUACUGCGAACUACAGAACCCCAGGCAACAGGCCAGAACUGCAGUGGAAACUAAAAGAGAAGAUGGUAAAUAUGAAAUGUAGAAAGGUCAGACCUGAUUUGGUUGUGACAAAUACGUAUGAGUUCAUCCCUUUUUCACCUUACCUCAAAUUGAAUAAAAAGAUAAUUGAUGAGAUUAUCUCAAGUGACGUAAAGGGAAUAAAACACCAUAUAUCUCAGAAAAAGAAGGAUAGAAUAAAAAGAGUCAAUAUGAAAUGGAUAAUGGAUCCCAACGUUAUUUUGAAGGCAAAGAAAUCAUCACUGUCACACACACGCGAGGGAGAGGAAUGGCCAGUGCCGCUGAACAUUGUAAAAAUAGAAAGCAAGGUGCAAAUAGGUAAAGGUAAGUCAGGUAUGAAACUGGCAGACUUGCUGAUUUCCUUACCAUCUCUGUCACAUCCUAAUUUGAAUUCAAGAAUAAAAGUAGGAAAAGGUAAGUCAGGAAUACCAAGGAGCUGCCUUCCGCCACUGAAGUUCCAGGCAUCCUUAAAUAUCAGAAAAACAUCAUUUCCAGAGUCAAUUAGUAGGGAUAGUUUAAGCGAUACAAUAGAAUCAAAGCAACAUUUACCACAGAAAAAGAAGGAAGAUGGAGAAGAUACUGUGUAUCUGAAAGAUACGGUGCACCGCAAAUGUGCCACUUUUAGAAGGAAGAAAAAGCUUUUUAAGCUUACACCGCGUGGACAAGAACCACAGUGGAACAACAAAGAACAAGAGGAAAUGAUGCAGGGAGAUAAAGGUGGUCUAGAUGUAGUUCCGAACAAGCCCCAUGUUUCCAUUCCUUCUUCAUCCCUCCUGGAAUGGGGUCCUGGAUUAAAAGAAGAGGCACACAUGCGAGGAGUAGCAGGGCUCUGCUUUCCAUCACUGACCCUCCAGGAAUUAUCAGAUGCAAUGAUAACGUGUGAGGAGCCAAUGGAUGACAUUUUAAGCAGCAUAAAAAGAGCAAAAUAUAUGCCACAGAAAACCGAAGAUAAAGUGGAAAUGGAAGAAGAAAUAAGGCUUCGCAAAAGAAUAGCUUUGAAGGCGAAUCAGUCUCCGACUCCACAGGAGUUGCACUUGAACAUCAAAGGAAAAGAGGAAAAGAUGCAGGAAGAUUCGGGUGAACAAGCUGGGAUUCGGAGAAGACCGUGCCUCUCUGUGUCUUCUCCACCUUACUCUGAGGUGGACACAGGAGGGAAACGAGAAGCAGUCGUGCUAAGAAAAACAAGAUCCCCCUUUCCACAACCAGUGCUCCAGGACUCAUCAGAUACAGGGAAAAUAGCAUAUAAAGAGUCUACCUGUGGUGAUACGGAAGAAGAAGAGAGAGUAAAAAUGGCAGAAGUCGUACCUUUGAAGAAAAAUAAAUCACCAAUUUCACAGGAAAUCCAGUUGGACAUCAAAGAGCAAAAGAAAAAUAUACAGAGAAUUAAAGGUGAACCAGGUGUGGUUUUGACCUGUACGUCCCUACCUGCUCCUUCAACUGGAGAUGAUGUCUCAGAUGAUGUGAAAAUGGUACAAGAGUACAAGCCCCAGAGAGGGGAGGACAGAGGGGAAAUAGCAAACAUGAAAUAUAAAAUAUACCCCAAAGGCACCACUCCCAAGGCAAAGAUAUUACUACCAUUUCCACAUGUUCCCAGUUCCCCCGCGGGGUGUGGCCCCCAAAUUAGAGACAUACAGACAAACAUAAGAGGGAACCUGAGACACGUACAGGACAGAACAAGUGAACGAGAUGACGUUCUGGCAGGACCUUGUUUACCUCAAUUUAAAUUAAACAGAGUUGCAGAAGGCAAGGAAGGGAGCCAAGGAGUAGUGAGACCCUGCCUUCCAUCCUCAUGGCCCAAGGAAGCAUCAGACACAAAGAGAUUAAAAUAUACGACGUCACCUGUCAAUGAUAUCUCAAGAGAUUCAAAGGGAACAAAAUACACGGCACAGAGAGAAGAGAAAAAAUCAAAUAUUUUUGAGAGAGACCUAAUGCAUCCCAAAGGCUUAGCUUUGAAGGCAAAUAAAUCACCCCUUUUCCAUAUACUCAGAGCGAAGAAACUGCAAGUGAACAUUAAAGAACAAGUGAGAAGGGGGCAGGACGGUAGCAAGCACACAGUUGUGCUUCUGAGCAAAAUUUGUCCUUUUGUCACUUCUUCAGCUCAUCUGAAGUUUGACACAAUAAAAGAAGAGAAAGGGGAACCAGGAAUAAUAAGGAAUUACGUGUCACCUCUCGAGCUCCAAGACUCAUUGUCUUCAGUGCAGACGGCACCUACAAAGUCAGCUGACAGCCGGAGAAAAGGAGGAAGACAGCAUCCACCACCGAAAGAAAAGGCCGGAGUGCCAGCAGCAGCCCUGACCGCGCGCCCCAACGGCACAGACGUCAAGGCAGGGACAGCAUCGCCUCCUCACGCAUUCAGCGUUGCUGAGCUCGGUGCCUGGAGCAGGAGAAAGGAACCACAGUCGAGUACUAAGGAGAGAGUGGAACAGGAGCAGGGAAGAAGCGGGGACCCGCACGUGGCUCCAGCAAAAGCUCCUCCUUCCUUGCGUUGUCCAUCUCACCAUAGACUGGAUGCAGGAACCAAAGCAGACGCAGGAUCCACUCCUUCCCAGUUACAGCUCCGUGAGUCAUCAGGUGCAGGGGGAGUCAGAUACGCAGAUCCCAGUCAGGGUAUCAACUCAUGUAAUGUCAUAAUAAAAGCUAACAGACACGAGCCAUGUAAAGAGGCAAAGGACAGAGUCACAACAAAAGGCGGGAGAGACAGACGAUCCCCCCAAGUAAUAACUUUGGAAGCCCACUCGUCUGCACUUACCCAUCUACUCAGUGGAAACAGGCUGCCUCUGGAUGUCAAGGAGCCAGGGGAGGAGGUGGUUCUGAGGGAAACGCGGGCUUCCUUACCUUCUCUAUCUGACCUGCAGCGGGGCCCCAGCACAAACCAGAAGGAAGGCGCAGAAGGAAUAACACAGUCCUGUUUUCCACCACUGGAGAUUUACGAUCCAUUCAUUCCAAGCCAAAAAGCAGAUACGAGGUCACUUAUGUUGAAAGAGGAAGAUAGACUCAAAACAGAUACUGAAGACAGAGUGCUCCCAGUCUCUCUCUCUCUGGAUCAGAAGGCAAAGGAGCCACCGCUUUCACAUCUACUUGACACCAAAAAACCGUGGUGGGAAACUAAAAAGCAAGAGCAAAGGGUGCAGAGAAAGGACACUGAACUAGUUACAAACCUGAAGAACAUUUAUAUUUCUUCACUUACUCUGCCAUGUCUUAAAUCCGAUGCAGCGGAAGGAGAGGGGUACGUGAUAAGAGUUACAAAACUGCCACUCCCACAAUCACAGUCCAAGGAAUCAGCACACACAAUGAAAAUAGAAUAUGCUGAAACAACUGAUAGAGAACUUGCAAAAGAUGUAAGAGAAGUAAGAGAGCACAUGCUACAGAAAGAGGAGGAUGACAGAGAGGAAAGUGUGCAUAUGAAUAUUAUCGUGGACCCCAAUAAUACGGGUUUGAAAGCAAAGGAAUCGUUUGUUUUGCUUACAUGCAAUCCAAGUGACCUUCAGUGGAAAACUAAAGAGCAAGAGGGAGAGGUUCAGGGAGCUAAACGGGAGCCAGGUGACCUAACGCAGCCUGAGACUUGUACUUCUAGACCUGCCCACCUUCACCCUCAUGAAAAUACCAGCAUCAAGGAAGAGAGCGUGCCGAUGUUACCAAGAUCCUCUUUUCCCCCAGUAAACUUCCAGAAGUCAUCAGGUUCUGAGGAAGUGGUACAUGUAGAGCCAAUUGCUAGUGAUACUGCGAUCAGUCCACAAAAUGAAGAACGAUGUACAUCCCAGAACAAGGGAGAGGGUGGAGCAGAAAGAGGAAACCUCGUGUUCCCCAAACAUCAAGAAAAGGAGAUGCAAGAAAGUAAAGCUGAACUGGGUAUGGUUCCCACCACAUCUUCUACUUCGUUACCAUCUCUCCCCGCCCUCAGCUUGGAUAAAGAAGUACAAGUACAUGAUAAAAUGUUAGCACUUGAAAGGUCUGUUUUGCCAAGAAUAUCAAAUGCAGGGGAAAUAGUGCGUACACAGUCAAUUGGUGGUGAUAUCACGAAAGACGUUCAAAACGAGGAACAACCUAUGCCUGAGAAAGAAGAGAGGGUCAGGGAAAGAACGGUAGAUACGAGAGGUCCAACACACACCACAGAGAUAACUUUGAAGUCCAAGAGAAUACCUCCUUCAUAUAUGCUCCAUAGGACAGAAUUGCAUCUGAACAUCAGAGGGAUAGAGCCAAAGAAACAGGAAGGUCAAGGUAACCCGCCCAGUAUGAUGCUAAGAAAAAUAAAAAUACUUGUUUCCAGACCUCUAAUUAAGCUGAAACUGGAUAAAGGCACACAAGUAGAUGAAGAAAGGCUUGGAAUUAAAAGACCUUCCCUGCUUCCACUGAUGCUUUCAGCAUUAUCAGAUGCAGAGAAGAGAGCAGAUUCAAAGGGAACUGGAAAACAACACACGUCAGAGAAAGAAAAAAAGUAUGACAUGAAGAAAGUAGACAUGAGGAUCAGGAUGCAUCACAAAGAGGGAAGAAUUUCCCCAAUUUCACAUGUCCUUGGUACAAAGGAAUUUGUGUUGAAUGUUAUUAAAGAGCCAGGGAGGAGUGUACACAAAGGUAAAGAUAAACCAGGUGUGGUUCUGACAAGGACUUUUCUUUCUAUCCCGUCAGCACCUCUUUAUCUAGAUUCAGGGAGCAAAAUGGACAAAGAUGUGCCAGGAAUCACAGGAUCCUCUUAUCCACAGCAACAUCUCCAAGAAUCAUCAGACACCCAGAAAAUAGCAAUCAGAGAGUCAGUUAGUGGUGACAGUAAACCGGUUAAGAACGCUGAACACUUGGUUCCAGAAGAGGCCAAGCGACAGUGGACCUCCAACUUCAUGAUCAGCAUCCAGCAAAGGAAAGAGCCUCCACGAGUCAAAUCUGAAGGAGAUCUGAGUGAGUUAAAUUCACGGCAUGAGGGCUUCUAUUUUACAGGACUUGGUACCAUAAGAGGUGGGAAAAGGCUGGAAUAUUUCUUCACAGGGCAAGAGGCUCAGCGAGAAAAAUACAGAACAGCACAUUUUACUACGUUUCUUUCCUUCCCCGCGAUAGAUCUAACUAACAUUGAAAGUCUGAAGAAAGAUACGGAAAUAAUGAAUAACCUGAGCCAUAAAAUAAGUCCUCAGGACUUAGUUUCGCUGCCGAGGAAAAUAUCCAAGGAAAUUUGUGCCACGCGUGGCACCCCUGUCAGUUCAGAAGGAUUUUCUGCUUCAGAGCAAGAUGCCCACCAACAAGAGACUUUAUCAAAAGCGUCUCCAGGAUCUGCAGAUUCAUGUAAAUUUGAUAAACCAGAGGAAGAUGGACAAAAUAAUGAAAAAAUAAGCAAAAUGUCCCCUCCCAAAGUGCUGGCAAAGGAAUCAGUUGAGAAAAUGAGUAUCACAGAGUCAAAUGCCUCCCCGAAUAUAGAACAAGAAAUUGUCACGGAAAAGCAAAUGGUGCUGCGGUCUGGGAGUGGGCGGCAGACCAGGGUGGAUUCUAGCCUUUCUCUGAAGAUUCCACUUCAAAAUGGAAAGCAGAGGACACCGCUAGAAAUAGAUGUGCACAAGCAAACUACAGUCUACCCUGGAGCACAAGUACUGCAAAGAAUGCACAUGGAUAUUACAGAGUUUGAUGCCCAAAAAGGGCAAAAAAGGCAGGCAUUGUUUGUUCCAGAACAAAAGGAACACAACCCAGAGUCGCUUCAGAAGUCUCUUUCUUCCUUCUGGAACUUUCCACCUCAAUUUGGUGAUCUGGAGGAAAAAAAUGAAACUGCCACAAGCACAACUAUAAAUCUGGAGCAAAAAAAAUUAGACAGGAAAGAAGGUAUAUUAAAAAUAGACACAAAUAUAGCCGUCCACCUGGAAGAGGACAAAAUAGAAAUGCACAAACACACCACCGUCAAUCUGGAGGAGGAGAAAAUAGAAAUGGACACAAGCAACACAGUAAACCUGAGCAUGGCGUCUCUAAAGGCAGAGGAACCUCAAAUCAAGGCUCAGGUCGUCUCUCACAUGGAAAACCGCGGCCCAAGGAAACAAAAACAUAAAAAGGAACGAGAAGUGUCUUGCGCAAAACAAAACAUUCAGCUACAAAAUAUGUUUCAAAAACAUAUUCUGGACUCAUUUUAUGCCUAUAUUCCACUUUCUUCCAAUUUUGGAGGUCAGAAAGGCAGAUUGACAAUAGCAGAUGUGAAAAGAGAAUUGAGCCCCAAAUACUUAAGUAUGAAAAUCCCAAAGCAUCCUAUUCUACAGAUUCUAGGCAACACGGGACGUGGUACUCCAAGCAACAGAAAGAAAUUGGAGUAUAAUUUUAAUAGAUCAAAGAAAAUAUCUUUGUGGCGAGAAGAAGCCUCAGGAAUAUUUAUCAGAAGUCUUUCUAUUUCCAUGAUGAGUCCAUCUCAGACUAAAGAAACAGUAGUACCUGAGACAAACUUAGAAAGUGCAAAGAGAACUUGUCUUUCAAAAUUUCCGCAUAAAUCACCAAACACUAGUAAAACUGUCAAGAGGGACAGCUCAAGCACUGUAAAAGAAGGUGACCAGAAUUCUACAAGCACAGUUCCUCAGGAUUCUCAGCCCUUCGUGGUGGAUGAGCAACAAAUGAACAAGCUUCCUAGUGCCAAGUCAGAAGCAAACCUCAGCAGUGAAGCAAAUCAAAGUUUAACUCCACAAACAAAAGAAUGUGUUGUUCCAGGCCAUGAUAUCUCAAGCAUCGUAAAAGAGCCUGACUUGCUUACAAUCGAGCAAGAAAAGGCACCAAAAUCCAUUCAAACACCUACAGAUUGUCCAUUCAUGCCUGAAGAUCCAAAACCACCUGAGCAUGGAGAUCAGAGUGAACCUGUGCAGGACACAGCCACACAAACCCUUCAGCAACAGAAAACUCCUCCAGGAACUGAGCCCAAAGCACCCCAAGUUAAAAGUAAUGAAAUAAAAAUAGCGGCAGAUAGUCCAAGGGCAGAAAGUUUACUUCCUCUUUACGAAGCAAUUAAAAAUGUCUUCGAAGCCCAGGUGAAAAAUAUGAUCCAAGACAAAAUUUAUGCUGAUUUACUGGAAAAAGUGAAAGACGAUAAACCUGGUAAUUGGGAGGCACCACCUUCUGCAGGGAGUGCAGAUACAACAUCCACAAUAACACAUCCCAAAGUGCAGCCAAAGCCUAUUGUAGAAAGUUUUACUUGCGAAGGAAAAAACAAGCUCACGAAUCAUUUAGAGUCAAAAGCACCUGAAAUAAAUCUGAAUUUGACACCAGAGAUGAUAAAACAAUCCUUCCAAAAGCUCAGUUGUUAUCCAAAACAGGCUAUUUCAAAACAUAACACCUGGAGGCUCAACCAAAGACAUAAAAAAAUGUGCUUUUUGUCUCUCAGAGGGAUUGAUACUGUAAAAUUUAACCUAAAACACAAAUACCAAAAAGACUCACCACUUGUCAGCUGUAUGAAAACACUGACUGUUAAUGUUUCGAGUGGCAGUGAGGAGAUUAUUACAAAGUUAAAGAGAAUAAAUGAGCUAGAGAGUAGAACACCUUCAUUAAUUUCUGCUGGACAAAUGCCAUUGCCUCGUAUUCUCCAAAACUACUCAGUAAAAGAAAAAGACAAACUUCUCCUACACUUUUCUAUGAAAACACUGGAGGUUCAAAUGAAAACCUUCCCCAGAAUUGUAAGAGAAUCUUACACAAUGGCCAGUGCUCAGGAUAGAAGGAAACUUUUAUCAAAAUGUAUUCAUUCUGAUGUCAAAGUACCAAAACGAGAAAACAGAAUUUUGUUACUUGUUGAGGAAAAAUCUCUUCAUCAAAUAGAUCUUGAUUUACGAUACAAAUACACUCGUUUUCUCCUGGGGCUUCCAGUCAAAAGUAUGUUCCCUAAGCCAAACACACUUCCCAAACAUAUUCUUAAGUUACACACAGUUGCAAUAUGUAAAAAAGUGGACAGUAGUGGAGAAAGUGGUGGUCUUCCCAUUGAUACCGGACCGUUAGAACAACAUCUCUCUUUCAAAAAGCAAAGUCCCCGUGAAAAUUCAUCACUGAUCAAUACAUUCUUGGAGCCCCAGCAGGUGUGUUCUUCUGACCCUGAUCAACACAGCACAGUGCAGGAAGACACUACGGCUCUUUCAAAUUUAAAAUCUCACGUGACUCCAGGGAAAGAUAAACAAUGUCACGUAUGGUUUCAAGAUACAAAUACAUGUGAAUCUGUUGAUUUAAAGACUCGGGAAAAUGCUCAUGAUUUGGUUGAUUCCCAUUCAAUUCAGAAUUUUGAAGAUUCUACUGAUAGUCACACAAAUACUGAGAGUUCAGAAACCUGGGGGGGAUGCUCAGCUCUUGAUGCACAUGACAGUGAAGAAUGUGUAUUUUUAGAAGCCAACUCUUGUUUAAGUCAAGAAUCACAAAGUAUUCUAUUUGAAUUACAGAAAGGCAUGCCUUUGGCAAAUCUCUACAGGAAGAAAAAAAUCAAAACUGAUCUGAAACCAUUUUACACUGAAGAUACAGGUUCCCAUCAUAUUAGAGGCUGUAGAAAACAUUCCUCAGUUGUGACACCACCUUCUUGUGACUCCCACAAAAGCAGGAAAUAUAGGUCAUCCUCCAAAAUGCAAUCUCGUGACUCGUGUAACAGUUCCUUAACUACUGUAGAUCUGUCUACAUCAUCUUUCAUUCCAUUCAGUGAUGAGAAGCUUUCACAGACUACUAAGAGCAGAAAAAAUUACUCCUUAGUUCCCUUAACGGAAUCAAAUAUUAAAUUACAUCUUUCAAAAAGCCAAGGCAAACCUCACAGGCAUUCAGAAAGCAAAGAAAGAAAGAAGGCCAAAUGCGAUUCAUUUAGAAAGAACAACAUUCCUUGGGAAUGUGACUACAGUUAUACACAGAGUAAAGAGAAACGCACAAGAAAGAAGAAAGAGCGUGAUUUUGAGUCAGAAAGAUCGGAUUAUUUCCCAAGUGAACGUAAGUCAGCAUCAGAACCUCAUCCAGAGGAGAGCGACUUCCUUUCUGAAGGAAAACCAAGCCAGCCAUUUUUUUAUGCCUGUAUACCGGCAGACUCACUGGAGAUUGUACCCAAAACCAUUCGCUGGACUAUUCCUCCCAAAACUUUAAGGAAGAAAGACUUCAGAGUCCCUGUGGUGGCCAAGAUUUCAAGUUCUUACAACCUAUGGAGUUCAUCCAAAAAGUUAUUGGGGUCACUGUUAGAGUCCUUCAGCCUGGUUCGUCAAAAAUGAUUUUACCACAUUAAGGUUCAUCUCGAGGGGAAAGGUGGUUACUGUCGUGAUAUUCUGGGAAAAAUAAAAUCAUAUAAAGUCAAAUGAUUUCCUUGUGAAGUGUCUUCUAAACUGAUGCCUUUUAUUUCUGCAGUAGAUUUGCAUAGUUCUGGAAGGAGUGGAUGGGAAAGUUGAUGACUUUGGGUUUGGGCCAACCAUGCGUGAGAUCUCCUUUCAGUUUCUGCUGCCUCUUUAUAAUCCCAAGAGGAGAAGCCUGCAGGCUCUGAACCCCUUCCCGAUCGCACACAGAUGACUAAAGGGUGAGUCGGAGGAAUUGUAGCCCAUAAA